AUGCUACUUUGGCAAGAUCGCGAGGUUCGGUUCGACAUCGAGCCAGAAGAGCUCAAAGAACGCCCUGGCGAGGAAAUUCUAGCGACAUUCAAUCCAGUGGAAGACACGAAAGGCAACAACGGAAUGCGAGGAAUAUUGAAGAUUUCAAACCUAAGAGUGAUCUGGGUCACUCCCAGAACCAGUUCUUUGAAUUUGUCCAUCGGUUUCAAAAGCGUAGUUGAUGUGACGAAGAAAAAUACGCAAUCGAAGCUUAGAGGAGUCAUAACAGCGUUGCAUAUUACUGCUAGAGGGCCUUCCACAAGAUAUGAAUUUAUUUUCACAUGCGUCGAGCCUAAAAAUCCGGAAGGAACGAGCAAUGUUCGCGACUCCCGCCUCUUCGAUACAAUUCAAAAGAUCUUGUUCGCCUAUCGAACGAGUAUGUUCUACCGCGAAGUGAAUCUCCGUUCCGUUCUCUUUGAAAAGAACAACUUUAAACUUCUGGACCACGAGCGAGUGUACCAAGAAGUGCCAGGCGUUUGGAAUCUCAGCGCUGACCAGGGAAAUCUAGGCUCGUUUAUUUUCACGACUGUUCGGUUAAUUUGGUAUGCGGAGAAUAAUCGCAUGCACAAUGUUUCCAUGCCCUGGUGUCAAAUGGAAGUCGUCAAGAUCAGCCCUUCCAAGUUCGGCGUUGCCUUCGUGGUCAAAUCAACCCCUGCUAGUGGAAAAUACACGCUUGGAUUCCGAAUAGAUCCUGAAGAAAAAAUGCGGGAAGUGGCAAAACAAGCAGCUCAGCUCUUCAAAGCGCAUAUUGCCGCUCCAGAAUUCGGCGUUCGUGAACAAAAAGUAAAACAGACGAAUUUAUCAGAAGGGACCUUUGACGAAGACGUCGAGAUCACCAAGUCAACCCUCGAUCCCAGACUCAUUUAUGGCAGUGCGGAAGAGAUCGAGGAAACAGAAUUCAAUGAAGAUUUAGGACUGCUUUUCCAGAAACUUCCGGACGGCGUUACGCUGGAAGAUCUAUGGGAAUUUAAAGACUAG